CCCUCUUGAUCUCCAAUUUUUUUGACCUAAUCCCCACCCUCCAAAAAUCAACACCAUCGUCCCACCCCAACCCCAAAUCGACUUAUGUUUCAACUCAUUUCUUCCCUUGCUCAUUCUAUGUGCAUACACUCUUCUCACUCCUCUUUCACUUGCAUAGACACACCAUCCCCUAUCCAUCACUCUCUUUACGUCUCUUCUUGUCUGAAUCUUCCUUUUCAGCAGAUUUUGCGACUAGGGCUUGCAAAGUAUCAUGUUUGUAAUUUAGAUUGGAUUUUGAAGAUUGUUGUAAGAGUUUUGGUGUCUUCAGGGCAAAGUCAAAAGACGUGCAUUCCUCCAGCUCUACACUACAUCCCACCAAGAUCAGCUCAUGAAGAUGUCAUUAACGAAGCUCAAAUGCGGGUAUUGUUCCACUCCAUUUGCUAUCGUCAAUCAUUAUCAACAGGUACCCUUUGUCGAGACGUAUUAAGGCAACAUUCUCAAAAUUAUUCUUGUUUCAUCAUCCUUAGUUACAUAAAGGAGGCGAGACAAAAUUAUGGAUUCAUACAAUGUUAUGUUCUUUUCUAAGGGUGACAAAUUUGUUGAUUCAUAUGGUGUCAUGCUCGUUACCACAUGAGCCAUUUGCCUAGAAGAAAAACUCAAGAUGAAUAAUUAUACAAAGUUAGAGGUCAAUCAAGUUUUAUGUUUCUUCCUCAACAAGUAUUGACUUCAAUAGUAUUAUGUUUGGAGUACUAUCACAACAUUUAGGCUUAUUAAUCUUUUUUUUUUGGAGACAAUUGUGUUUUGAGUAGUGAG